AUGGAAGUAGAUUUGAAUAAACAUCCUUCUGGAUUGGUUCCUACAAUACAGAAUAUUGUGGCUACUGUUAAUUUAUGUUGUAGAUUAGACUUAAAAGCAAUUGCACUGGGUGCUAGAAAUGCAGAAUAUAACCCUAAGAGAUUUGCUGCUGUAAUAAUACGUAUACGUAAGCCACGUACUACUGCAUUAAUAUUCGCCAGUGGUAAGAUGGUCGUAACUGGAGCCAGAUCAGAAGAGGAUUCAAAAAUUGCUGCUAAGAAGUACAGUAUAAUAAUCAGACGGCUAGGAUACCCCGUUAGAUUCACUGAGUUUAAGAUACAGAAUAUAGUAAGCAGUUGUGAUACUAAAUUCAGCAUACGGUUAGAGGGAUUAGUAUUCGGUCACAGUAAUUAUAGUAGUUAUGAGCCAGAACUGUUCCCUGGUCUUAUAUACAGAAUGGUUAAGCCAAAAAUAGUCUUAUUAGUAUUUGUAUCUGGUAAAGUAGUACUCACAGGGGCUAAGCACAGAGAAGAAAUAUAUCAAGCAUUUGAGAAUAUUUAUCCUGUAUUAAAGCAGUAUAGAAAGGGUUAGUAA